AUGGCUUCCAAUCCCACCAAGUCGGAGCAGUCUACACUGCUGAAGACAGCACACAGCGUCUUGGACGCCUAUGAUACAUGGGACAUCGACACCAUUCUCGCCCCUCGUGCACCGAACUGCACCAUCCAAGUGAUUCCCACCCGUCUUGGCCGCCCAACGCUGACAAACGCCGAAUAUCGGGAUCACUUCAAUAAAUCCUUCAAAGAUCACUUCAAAGGCUUUCACCUUGAAGUGCUGGACACCGUUGAGGAUCCAGCGGCCCACAAGGUUGUCUUCCAUGCCAUGAGCACCGCCGAGACAGCAAUUGGAAAAUAUCAGAAUGAAUACUCUCUAUUCUUGCAGAUGUCCGAUGAUGACACUCAGCUCGUGUCCAUCAAAGAGUUCGUGGAUUCGGGAUAUGGACAAGAGUUCUUCGCCAAGCUGAAAGCCCAUUUGGCUGGUGGCUCUUGA